AAAUGUCAAAAGAUCUUGGAUGACUUGACACCUUACACAACCCCACGAUGGGCUGGAACAGCGGUUCUAGGUGUUCUCUAUACUAUUCGUGCAUUUACUGCUGGUGGUUGGUAUAUUGUAACAUAUGCUUUGGGUAUAUACCUGCUUAAUCUGUUGCUGGCCUUCUUGACUCCAAAAUUCGAUCCUGCAUCGGAAGAGGGAUUUGACGAUGAAAGCGAUGGGCCAAUGCUUCCAACCAGACAUGACGAUGAAUUUAAACCGUUUAUUCGUCGUCUUCCUGAAUUCAAAUUUUGGUUUUACUCUACUCGUGCUCUCUUGAUUGCAUUUGGAUGUACACUCUCAAGUGUCUUUGAUUUGCCCGUAUUCUGGCCGAUUUUGUUGAUAUACUUUAUCAUCCUAUUUAGUAUCACCAUGAAGCGCCAGAUCAUGCACAUGAUCAAGUACAAAUAUGUACCAUGGGAUUUUAACAAA